UUUUUUCAUUCAUUCUUUAAUAUAAUCAAAAUUAUUUAAUAAAGAUCAAAUCCAAUGACGACGACGAGGAGAAAGAGCAAUAGAUUUUACGUAAAGGAAUCGAUCGUACCGUUUGAAGAAGACGCAUUUCAUGAAUUUAAAGGACACAGGAAUUUAAGUGCAGAAGAAGUACCACACUGGUGUUUGAUCCCGGGAACUGGAAGAGCUUCCAGGAAGGCUGUUUCCAGGAAUAUAAAUGGAUUUUUGAACACUGGUAAAGGAGGAACGAUCUACCUUGGAAUCAUAGAUGAAGGAAAGGUCAAAGGAAUCACACUAAAUCAAUACCAGAAAGACCAUGUAAUAGUAUCGAUGAAAGACCUCAUGAAUAGGUAUACUCCACAAGUGUCUGAGGAUAGAUAUAAGAUUGAAAUUAUUCCUGUGAUUCAAAAGACUGACUUGUGGAAGGAUGUUACAUCGCAGGCCAAGGAGAAAAGUCAAAGUAUUGAUGCCAAUAGACUAAAGCCUCAUCUACUGAGAACAUCCGAGUACUGUUGGUGUGAUAGAGCUGCUCUUGAAGAUUUUUCUAAGGGCAUUAUAUCAAGUGAUUAUAUCAUAGAAAUCACUAUAUUUCCCUACCCUUAUCCAGCACUAACCAUGGAAGAUGGUAGCUACAACAUCAAUUUACAUCCAGUCUACUUAGAUGAGGAGGGAAACUGCUAUUUUAGGCGUCAAGCAAGCUUGGUUAAGUACACAACACAGGAGGUUGUGGACUUAACAAUACAUGAGAUACAAGGCCACUUCAUGCCUAUAGUAGAAAGCCUAAAGCAUGAAGUUGAUAGUUUAAAAGAAAUGUUAUAAUCAUAAUAUAUAUAUUUAUUAGUAGUAUUAUAAGAAAUAUUGUAAAAUAUUAGCAUCAAAUCAUGAACUAUAUUUUUAUCUUGAUUUUGAAACUGCAAAGAUUU